AUGAAGGACCUGGACGCCAUCAAGCUCUUCGUGGGCCAGAUCCCUCGCCACUUGCACGAACAGGACCUCAAGCCGCUAUUUGAGCAGUUCGGCCGCAUCUACGAGCUGACGGUGCUCAAGGACCCGCACACCGGCGUGCACAAAGGCUGUGCCUUCCUCACAUACUGCGCCAGGGACUCUGCCAUCAAAGCCCAGACAGCCUUGCACGAGCAGAAGACCCUGCCAGGGAUGGCGCGGCCGAUCCAGGUGAAGCCGGCAGACAGUGAGAGCCGUGGAGGGGACCGGAAGCUGUUCGUGGGCAUGCUCAACAAGCAGCAGUCGGAGGAAGACGUGCUCAGGCUCUUCCAGCCCUUUGGCGUCAUAGACGAGUGCACAGUGCUUCGAGGCCCGGAUGGCAGCAGCAAAGGCUGUGCCUUCGUGAAGUUUUCUUCCCACACAGAGGCCCAGGCUGCCAUCCAUGCCUUGCAUGGCAGCCAGACUAUGCCGGGAGCUUCCUCCAGCCUGGUGGUCAAGUUUGCCGACACCGAUAAAGAGCGGACACUUCGGCGUAUGCAGCAGAUGGUUGGCCAGCUGGGCAUCCUGACGCCGUCCCUCACCCUGCCCUUCAGCCCCUACAGUGCCUACGCCCAGGCUCUCAUGCAGCAGCAGACAACAGUGUUGUCCACCUCUGGCAGCUACCUGAGCCCCGGGGUGGCCUUCCCUCCCUGCCACAUCCAGCAAAUUGGUGCCGUCAGCCUUAACGGUCUGCCCGCCACGCCCAUCGCUCCUGCCUCUGGGCUACACUCGCCCCCACUGCUAGGCACUGCCGCUGUUCCCGGCCUGAUGGCGCCCAUUCCUAAUGGCUUCCCAGGCGUCCUGCCCUUUCCCGGGAACCACCCUGCCCUGGAGACCGUGUAUGCCAAUGGCCUUGUGCCCUACCCAGCUCAGAGCCCCACUGUGGCAGAGACCCUCCAUCCUGCCUUCUCCGGAGUCCAGCAGUACACAGGUAGAGCCAUGUAUCCCACCGCGGCCAUCGCGCCCGUGGCACACAGCGUUCCGCAGCCUCCGCACCUCCUGCAGCAGCAGCGCGAAGGUCCCGAAGGCUGUAACCUGUUUAUCUACCACCUCCCCCAGGAGUUUGGAGACACGGAGCUGACCCAGAUGUUCCUCCCCUUCGGCAAUAUCAUCUCCUCCAAGGUGUUUAUGGAUCGGGCUACCAACCAGAGCAAGUGUUUCGUGAGGCCCCCACCCUUAGAGACGGAGACCACGCCCCUCACCAGCUCCCAUCCCUUUGUUCUCUCAGGAUUCGUGAGCUUUGACCACCCGGCCAGCGCGCAGGCGGCCAUCCAGGCCAUGAACGGCUUUCAGAUUGGUAUGAAGAGACUGAAGGUGCAGCUGAAGAGACCCAAAGACCCAGGACACCCAUACUGACCACGCCCACAGCCCCUCUGUGCUGUGGGUGUGGCCCCAGGUGAGCCGCCAGGCCAGGCGGCCCUGUGCUCUGCCCAGCCCUGGUUUCAUUCACCCUCCUCCCAUCCCAAGCUCACUCUCCAAAAUCUGGGGGCGGAAGUGGCUCUCCAAGAGGCCAACUGGGGAUUCAAACCCUCCCCCAUCACCUUGUGGCUUGGGUGGCAGAGAGGGUGGGAUUAGGGUGGGGAAACCGGAGAGAAAGCUAGGAGGUUCCACCCAGGGGACUUCCUUCCCAGGGAAAGUUUUGAAGGAUGAAUAGAAGUUCACUCCAGUGAACUUCUAGUUUGGGGCUUGUGGUCUGGGGUGCAGGAUGUGAUGGGCGGGGCUUCUAUCCCAUCCUGUGACGCUGCAAGCCGAGAAGCCCUAAUCCAGAGAAAGUAUCUGUGUCUACACAGUGGAACUUGGAUGCCCAGUUAAGCUUGGCCCAGGACUGAAGCAGAGGAAAUGGGGACUUGUCAUAGCCUUGUAGUUCCCCACCUCUGUCCCCACCAGGAGCCCUGGGAGUCCUGUCUUCUAAGUUCAUGCCCAGUGGGUUAACAAAACCCAAAGUGUCGCUUGCAAUCUCACAAAACCAACAACACAAAACCAAAUACCCAAACAAUCAAGCAAAAAAAAUCCCAAAAGUCAAUUUCCCUUUCAACAGUCUCAGCCCUCUUUUUUUUGGGACUGAACUGAUUUUAAAAAGUGGAGCCAGCUGCCCAUUGACUUCAUGGAGGUGAUGCCCAGCUACCCAGCAGCAGCGGCCUACAGAGCACCCAGGAAUACAUUUUCUUUUCUUUCUUUCUUUUUUUUUCUUCUUUCACCACCCAGCCCAGGGCCUGGUAGACAUUGACAGUCUUUAAUCCUUCCUUGUUUUUAGUUCGUUAUCUGGGUCUUUGAGGCUUUAUCUACUUUGGCUUCGAUUAGGAAACCCAUCAAUCAGGUAGAAACCUCCAGACAGCUGCCAUAUUUUCAGUUUUAACCCAGUGUCCUGUGGACCAUCUGCUCUGUACUGGGGAGGGAUGUUCCGUGUCAGGAGCAAAUGUCCCCAGACUGAUGGUGACUGUCAGGAACUGUUGUUUUGAAAACGCUGGGGUUUUCUUGCCAGGACCAAGUGGGGCAGGGUGUUCUGUGCCCCACUCCCUUCCCUUCCACUACUCCCCAAUGUUCCCCCAUCCUCCCCAGGUUGAGCGGUUCCCGCUUCCAACCACUCCAAGACUUUUAUGUAAAUUAUAGCCAAGUUUGGACACCAGCUCUCCCAGUGACCCCCCUUCCUCCACCUGUCCCCGACUCACGGCCCCCCAAAUUCUGAAGCCACCGAAAGCCACUUGAGUUACAGAAGGCUCGAUGGUGUGCCGUGGGGCGGGGAACAGGAGUCUGAGCCCGGGUCUGAGGGGCCCAUACACUGCCAAUCACCCACCCCUCAGCUUGGGGACACCCCCCACCUGACUUGGAGGCUUUCCAGGUCAGCCAGUAUCCCCCUUAGCCAGGAUCCCCACCCUCACGUCCUAUUCCCCGUAGCUGCGCAUAGACAUGCGCGCACCAUAGACUAUAUUUUUGGAGAAUGAACCACAGCGGCCAAACUCCGUCCAAGGAGGUGGCUCUGAGCCGGCCAAUCAUCGGGGACCAAGGACAGACAAGCUGAGGCUGGCUGGACGCCAAACCAGGACCCCCGUCAACACCAUAUACCUCCAGUUUUUGGGGUCUCCACGGCUGCCGUCCCUGCCCUGCCCCUCCCGCUUUCAUAGCCUUACUUGGGUGACCAGGUGUCCUUAGCUUCCUGCCAGGGAAGCCUCCUGUCCCCCACUGCCCACCCAGAUCGCACGGCCCUCCCACCCCCCCUUCCUCCAAUCACCAGCCGUAAACUGAAAGUCUUGUACCCGAGGUCACCGUGAGUCGGACGAUGCCACACCGGACCAGGUUGCUGACCCCGCAGGCACCGCCUCUCUCCUCUCUCCUUCCUCCUCUGCCCUCCCCUCCCCCUCACA